AUGACAGACGUGUCCGGCAACGUGCUGAAGCGGCCUCAUCCCGAGGAUGAAGACAACAAUGCGCAAAAGAGACCUCGUUCGAAUCAAGGGUCACCUCACCCAGGACAGGGUGCCCCGGCUGGUGGUAAUGUCGACAUCGCAAAGGUAGUUGCAGAGGCUAGGGCAAAAGCUCAAGCUGUUCGCGACAGACUCAUGGCAGAGAAACGAGUAUCUGCAUCUCCCUCACCAGCUCUGCCAGCGCCAUCGUCUUCCAGUCCAAGCCCCGCGCCCCCGGCUGCUGGCUCUGCUAUGUCUAGGCUAGAGCAGAUGAAGGCUCGAGUGGCAGCAGCAACAGGACGAGCCCAGUCGACCGCGCCGCAGCGACCGAGCGCGCCCACUCCUCCACCGCCUCCCCCAGCCUUUGAAGAAGACGAAGACGAUGGUUCAUCACGCGCUCGCGGCGGUCUCGAUGUUGGUCUCCAUCCCGCUCUUCUCUCGGAUAACCUCGAUUAUCGUGGAGGCAAAGGGCGACAAUCAGGACAGAUGAGAAACCGUAGAACUGAGUCUCCCGCGGUCGGUGGGAGGCAGGAUCGAGCUGGCCUUGAUCUCUCCGGGCCAUCUCUUGAAGAAAUCAAGAAUAAUCCUUAUUACGAUCCUAAUUUAGGGCCGAAAGCGGCGAUUUCCAAACCCCGGCAGUCGCGCCAACUCUUGUUCAACCAGAAGGGAAAAUAUAUACAGCAGGCUGCGGCUCUUCGUCGACAGGCCCAGUUGGAGGCUAUGAAAAAGCGCAUUGCCGAACGAGCUAGACAAGCCGGUAUUGAUGAAGACUUGGACGUCGAGAAAGCAUUCGUGGUGCCUGCUCCACCAGCGAUCGAAUGGUGGGACGAAAAUCUAGUGUCUGAUCCUGAUUACUCUACAAUUGAAGAUGAAAGUAGUCUCAAAAUCGACACUGCCGACUCUAUAAUUACCCCCUACGUCCAACACCCGGUGCUCCUGGAGCCUCCGCAGGAGAAACUCAAACCAGAACUGAAGCCGAUGUAUCUCACACAGAAAGAACAAGCUAAAUUACGCCGACAGAGGCGUAUGGCUGACUUGAAAGAGCAGCAAGCGAAGAUUCGCCUGGGUCUUGAACCAGCACCACCACCAAAGGUCAAGAAAUCGAACCUUAUGCGCGUGCUAGGUGAGCAGGCAGUCAAGGAUCCCACGGCCGUUGAGGCGCAGGUAAACCGAGAGAUUGCAGAGCGGCGUGACCAGCACGAGACCGCCAACGAAGAACGCAAACUUACGAAAGAACAACGCCAGGAGAAGCUUGCCCGACAACAGGAACAAGAUGCCGAGAAGGGUCUCUUCAUGACAGUAUAUCGGAUUGAUAGCCUUGCAAACGGGCGCCACCGAUUCAAAAUCAGCAAGAAUGCAGAGCAGAAUGCUCUAACUGGAGUUUGCGUUAUGCACCCUAAGUUCAACCUAGUCAUUGUCGAGGGGGGAUCCCAUUCACUCAACAACUACAGAAAACUCAUGGUCAAUCGUAUCGACUGGACCGAGAAUGUAGGGCCAGGCGCUGUUCGGGAGGGAAAUCGCGAAGCCCAGAUGUCAUGGCUCGCUGCAGAAGACGAAAAGGGUGAGCUGAAGGACCUCAGUUCCAACACAUGUACUCUCCUCUGGGAGGGUCAGGUCAAGGGUCGCGCUUUUCGAAAAUGGUUAGGUGCUCGAGUCUGCGAAAGCGACUCCCAGGCAAAGGACGUGCUAGCCCGCGCAAAAUUGGAGAAUUUCUGGGUCUUGGCGAAGAGUGCAAAACAGAACGAGUUUUAA